UUAGCAUGUAGCAGCUGCUCGGUGUUAUGCUGUUAGCUCCGUUAGCUGUUAGCCUGUAGCAGCUAGCCGCUUAUUGAUCUCUGAUCGGCUUUAAUCAUGAUUCUGUUUAAUGUUCUGAUGCUAACAGUUCGGAGCUAACGCUAGCUGUUAGCAGGAGCUAGCUGAUGUCUUUGUUCCGUUAGCUUAGCAUAGUUAGCAUCCAGAUCAUAAUAACAGUUAGUGUGUAUAGCUGAUGCUAAGCUAACAGCUAACAGCUUCAUUAGGUUAUCAGUGACCUUCAUCAUCAUCAGCAGCAGCAGCAUCAUCAUCAUGGAGCUCAGAGCUGCCUGCCUCUACCUGCUGCUGUCAGGAUGCAUUGCUGCCGCCUCUGAGAGGAACGACAACGUUUACGUGUCCGGGAUCUCCAACGCCUGUGGCGAGGGGGCGGAGCUCCUGUGGGCCUCCAGCGGUGUCAUCACCAGCCCCGGUUGGCCGUUCCAGUAUCCGGCCCGCCUGAACUGCAGCUGGAACAUCAGAGCGCGACCCGGAGACACCGUCACCAUCAGCUUCCAGGACUUUGACCUGCAGGGUUCCCACCGCUGCUCCUCAGACUGGAUGUCUGUCAGCAGCUACAGGAACCUGGAUGGACUGCGGGUCUGCGGUUCCUCCCUCCCCCCCCCCUACAUCUCCUCCCAGGACCACGUCUGGAUCCACUUCCACUCUGACGACAGCCUGACAGGGAAGGGCUUCAGACUGUCCUACAUCUCUGGUAAGCUGGAGGCCUCCAGCUGUGACGUGGACCAGUUCCACUGCUCUAACGGGAAGUGCAUCCCGGACUUGUGGCGCUGCAACUCGAUGGACGAGUGCGGAGACAACUCUGACGAGGAGCUGUGUGUGGACUCUCCGUUCUCCUUCCAGCCCUGCAGCCUGAACCAGUUCCCCUGCCUGUCCCGCUACACCCGCAUCUACACCUGCCUGCCCCACAGCCUGCGCUGCGACGGCAGCAUCGACUGCCAGGACCUCGGGGAUGAGAUCGACUGUGACGUUCCCACUUGUGGAGAAUGGUUGAGGAACUUCUACGGUUCCUUCAGUUCUCCAAACUACCCCGACUUCUACCCCCCCGGCAGUAACUGCACCUGGCUGAUCGACACCGGAGACCACAGGAAGGUCAUCCUGCGGUUCACAGACUUCAAGCUGGACGGCACCGGCUACGGCGACUACGUGAAGGUCUACGACGGUCUGGAGGAGAACCCUCGCCGGCUCCUCCGGGUUCUCACCGCCUUCGACUCCAGAGCGCCCGUCGCCGUGGUUUCAUCGUCCGGUCAGCUCCGAGUUCACUUCUACGCCGACAAGAUCAACGCCGCCCGAGGAUUUAACGUCACCUACCAGGUGGACGGGUUCUGCCUGCCGUGGGAGGUUCCGUGCGGGGGGAACUGGGGGUGCUACACGGAGCAGCAGCGGUGUGACGGGUUCUGGCACUGCCCGAACGGCCGGGACGAGCAGAACUGUUCUAGCUGCCAGGAGGACGAGUUCCCCUGCUCCAGGAACGGAGCCUGCUACCCGCGCUCCGACCGCUGCAACUACCAGAACCGCUGCCCCAACGGCUCCGACGAGAAGAACUGCUUCUUCUGCCAGCCCGGGAACUUCCACUGCAAGAAUAACCGCUGCGUGUUCGAGUCGUGGGUGUGCGACGCUCAGGACGACUGCGGCGACGGCAGCGAUGAGGAGCGCUGUCCCGUCGUCGUGCCGACCAGAGUCAUCACGGCCGCUGUGAUUGGCAGCCUGAUCUGCGGCCUCCUAUUGGUCAUCGCCCUCGGCUGCACCUGCAAGCUCUACUCGCUGCGCAUGUUCGAACGCAGGUCCUUUGAGACGCAGCUGUCCCGCGUGGAGGCGGAGCUACUGAGACGAGAAGCCCCGCCCUCCUACGGUCAGCUGAUCGCUCAGGGUCUGAUCCCGCCUGUCGAAGACUUCCCCGUCUGCUCUGGGAGCCAGGCUUCGGUUCUGGAGAACCUGCGCCUGGCGGUCCGCUCUCAGCUCGGCUUCACUUCCCUGCGCCUCCCGUCCACCGGUCGUCAUAGCAACCUGUGGCGCCGGCUCUUCACCUUCUCCCGGUCUCGGCGGUCCGGUUCUCUGGCGCUGGUCUCGGCGGACCUGGAGGACGGCGCCGGGACCGGGAGCGCCGGGAGUUCUGGUUCGGACCCGCUGUCUCCGGACUCGGACGACACGGACACGGAGGGCGAGCGGGGGGGGGGACGCGGCGCGGGAGCCGCGGGCGGACCGGUGGCCCCCGUCCCUCAGAAGACCCCCCCCUCCGGCGCCGUGGAGGCCGUGGUCUCCGUGGCGACCUCGGCGACCGGCCGAGUCCGAGACCGGCCCAGAGAGACCCCGCCCGCCUCCGUCGCCGUGGUAACUUCGAGUCCGGACCCCGACGCCUCAGGGGUCCGGGUCCCACCCCCCUCCGCCCUGCGGCGCCUGGCCCAGAACCUGCACCGCCUCGCCAGAACCCUGACCGGGACCGGACAGAACCCGCAGAACCAGACCUGGACCAAUCACAGUCCGCUCCGCCAGCUGGAGACAGGAAGGGGCGGGGCCGACGGCGGCGAGCGCCGAGGGAGCGGAGAGGAAGAAGAAGACGUGGAGCUGCUGAUCCCCGACUCCGACUCUUCCUCCUCGUCCUCAUUGGUCGGGGAUGUCCGACAGCCGCUGCUGGAGCCGCGCCCCCCGUCCGCAGGCCACGCCCACUGCCAUCACCAUGGUAACGGCGGGCGAGGCUGCGGCGGCCCCUGCGAACACUGCGGCAUCGUACACACGGCGCGCGUCCCUGACGCCUGCCUGGAGGCGGCGAGGAGGACGGAGAGCAGCGACGAUGAGCUGCUGCUGCUCAGCUAACGUGCUAACGAACAGGCUAACCUGCGGAGCUAACGUGCUAACUGACUUAUAAUGCUAAUGCUACUCUCAGCUAGCCAAUAUGCUAACACUGAAGUGUUAGCAUGUUCGCUAGCUGCACUACAGCUAGCCAACAUGCUAACACUUGUUAGUAUAUGUUAGCGUGUUAGCUCUCAGCAGGUUUUGGCCUCCAGUGAUGUCGGAGAAGAACGGACCAAUCAGAGGCUGUGAGGGGAGUGAUGUCACUGAUUGGACUCGAUGUUGGUGCGACCAGAUAAACUGUCCCCUGUUGUUCCCGCUCCGUCCGUUAAAACGCUCCCCGAUGGUACGACUGUAAACUCUGCUGUGCAACACACUAAAUGUUCCCCGCUUGUUUCCACUGAGGAGGUCACAUGAC